AUGGUGAAGGCCAAGCAGGAUCGCAAGGCUCGCAAUGCGAUUAAUGAAGUUGUUACCCGUGAGUACACCAUACACAUGCACAAAAGGAUAAAAGGAGUAGGCUCUAAAAAGCGUGCACCUCGUGCUAUCGAUGAAAUCCGAAAAUUCGCCAAGCAACAAAUGAACACAGAAGACGUUCGUAUUGACACAAGAUUGAAUAAGUUCGUUUGGUCAAAGGGAAUCAAGAAUGUGCCUUUCCGUAUCCGCGUUCGUUUGUCCCGACGCCGUAACGAGGACGAAGAUUCCGUGCACAAGCUUUAUACCUUAUGCACCUUCGUUCCAUGCACCAACUUCAAAGGCCUCACGAAUGUGAAUGUUGACAGUGAAGAAUAA